CAGGAAGUAGACGCUAGGUAGCAAGCUAACAGCUGACAGGACGUAAACAUGCAGACUCUGUGUUAGGAGACGAUAAAUACCAUGAUACAGACAUUGAUGGGACUAAAUACUCUCCAACAACGGUGGUAUAAGAUUAUUGAUAAUACCCCGCAUCUUGUAAGAAGGUAUUUUCGCACACGGAUGAUCAAUUAUAACAAAGCAUACUGAAGAUUACUUUUUCGACUUACCAACAUGCCCGUGCUAGAAGUUACAGAUGCUUGUGAAGUGUCUCCACCGAAGAGGGCAAGAACAGAAACCAAUCCGACAGAAGAGAGAGCAGUUCUUCGGUUCGCCAAGCUCACUGAACACGCCACAACACCCACCAGAGGGUCGACAAAAGCUGCAGGAUAUGACCUGUACAGUGCAUACGAUUAUUCCAUUGGUGCUAUGGACAAGGCCAUUGUGAAAACUGACAUUCAGAUAGCAGUCCCACAUGGCUGCUAUGGUAGAGUAGCACCAAGAUCAGGACUAGCAGCUAAGCACUUCAUUGAUGUUGGAGCUGGCGUUGUUGAUGAGGACUAUAGAGGGAAUGUCGGGAUUGUGCUCUUUAACUUUGGCAAGGAGACUUUUGAAGUGAAAAAAGGUGAUCGAGUUGCUCAGCUGGUGUGUGAGAAGAUCUGCUACCCAGACCUAGUUGAGGAGAAGACACUGGAUGACACGGAGCGUGGAGCUGGUGGCUUUGGGUCAACUGGUUCUAACUGAAGCUUGAAUGUUAUUGUAAAGUUGGAGUAAAAAAAAAAAGUUACUGUAAUAUGCUUUCUAAUAAAAAAAAUCUUUUUUGCA